AUGGUUAAAGCAGUUGCUACCGUCCGAGGUGACUCCAAGGUCUCCGGUACCGUCACUCUCGAGCAAGCUGACGAGUCUUCCCCAACCAUCAUCUCAUGGAACAUCUCUGGAAACGACGCAAACGCUGAGCGUGGCAUGCACAUUCAUCAAUUCGGUGACAACACUAACGGUUGCACAUCUGCCGGUCCUCAUUUCAACCCACACGGUCAAACCCAUGGUGCUCCUACCGAUGAGGUCCGCCAUGUAGGUGACCUCGGAAACUUCAAGACUGAUGCUCAAGGAAAUGCCACUGGUUCCGUUGAAGAUAGUCAGAUUAAGUUGAUUGGCCCAUUGAGUGUCAUUGGACGUACCGUUGUUGUCCACUCCGGAACUGAUGACCUCGGCAGAGGAGACACUGAAGAGUCCAAGAAGACCGGUAACGCCGGAACCAGACCAGCUUGUGGUGUUAUUGGUAUUGCUGCAUAA